UAGUUGCUUUUGUAAUCUAUUUCUUUACGCUUGUGUAAAUUAUUUAAUUCCAUCCUGUUAAUUAUCAUAAAUAGCGUCCACAUCUGCAUGAACUCACAUUUUUAUAAUGCAGCCUCGACACUGCUCACAAAAUUACAACUGUUGUGGUUGAAAUCAUCGUUGCUUAUAGAUAGUAAGCCUCCCCACCAUUCUCCAUUCAGACCAAGGAGCCUUUCUCCCUUCAUGGAGACCGAACCUGUUUCCUGUUUUCAAUUCCCUCCCGGUUUUAGAUUUCACCCUUCUGACGAAGAACUCAUCAUUCACUACUUGCUAAACAAAGUGAAUUCACGUCUACUUCCAGCAUCGGUGAUUGCUGAAAUAGAGUUGUAUAACUAUAAUCCGUGGGAGCUACCCAAGAAGGCUUUGUUCGGAGAAGAUGAAUGGUACUUCUUUAGUCCAAGAGAUCGGAAGUACCCAAAUGGAGAGAGGCCUAAUCGAACAGCAGCCUCGGGUUAUUGGAAGGCUACUGGAACUGACAAGCCUAUUCUUACUUCUUCUGGAUCCAAAAAGAUAGGGGUGAAGAAGGCUCUGGUCUUUUAUACUGGUCGGCCUCCAAAGGGAGUUAAGACAGAUUGGAUUAUGAACGAGUACAGAUUGCCCGAGACGUCCCGAUCCUCGAAGCUAAAAGGAUCCAUGAGAUUGGACGAUUGGGUACUUUGUCGAGUUCGACUAAAAGGCAACAUGUCAAAGAACACCUGGGAAGCUCGAGACAGUCCCGAAAAGGAACUGACCGGGUACUUACCCAAGGUUGAGGAGCUCCCUUCUGCACAUGCAUACCCAAACACAAACAUCAUCGCAGAUUAUGGACACAGAGGUUGCCAGGUAUUAGCUUCCAUACUAGCCCGCCAACCUCUUCCUAACAUUGAAAGCAUUUCAAGUGGAAUUUUUCAAACCAGCGAUGAUGGCAACAAUGGUGGUUCACUUUACGAAAUUGGUUCAGACAAAGGAAGUUCUCUCCUCGCAGAUUCUUUCUUUGAUACCAUUUUCAGUGCACAAAAUGGAAAAUCCAACGAGGGGAUUAGGUAUGAGAAUCUACUUGUGUCUACCAAGACAGUGACCAGCAACAAAGACAAUAAGGAUCUUCCAGAAGUCAACACACUGAACAUCAACGAUACGAACUCCUAUAUUCAAAAUCAGUCUCAAAGAGACAUGUUCAGCCCUAAUCCAUUGAAUGCUAUCAUUAGUUUACACGGGCUUAAUGAGUUCAACUUCACCGGAAGAUUUCUACAGUAAUCGAGUAAGCUUUCACAGAAACCAUGGUUCUUAAUCAAGUUGAGCUUCAACAGGUAAAAGUCAAGCUGCCUAAAGCAUAUACCGGAAAUAAGACGCACAAAGUCACAUCAUUUGCUGCACCACCAUGGUAAUGGUAGUUAGUAAUAAGUCGAAUAUCUAUUGUUAUAAUAAUAGUUUUUGUAGUAUGAAGAAGAAGCUAUGUAAUGAAUGUAUUUAUAUUUCUGUUUCUGAUUUACAAAAUUGAUGAUAUACAUUAUCUCA